AUGUUCGCUGAAAAGCCCCACGUCCAACGUCACCCUGACGGAUAUCCUUCUCUUGUUGGUGAUGAACACAACGGGAGUAUUGGGAAACCAUCCUGUUUGUACACUUCCAAGUCGCCUGAUGAAUACAGGAUCAAUCUGUGGAAACCUCCCGUGGAGACAGAGGUCGAUAUGCCACAGUCUUUUCGCGUCAUCAUCAUCACCGUCGAUAGCACGACGUCAGUGUUCAACACCGAUGCUUCGCUACCUUUUCGCCUCGAAACACGUUACACUUUAAAUCAGAAUCGAAGUGACAUUUUGACUGAUCCCCUUACUUUUCCACCAAGAAAUCUAUACCUUCACUCUCUCGCCGAACUGCCAUAUGUUAGGGGAUCUCAGUUAGAUAGACAUAAAGACUGCAAUUUGGUCAGUUCAUUGUCUUCACGGAACGGAAAUGAUUUGCGGAUGAUGUGA